CGCCGCUGCAAACACCCACCAGCCGACAACUCGCCAGCCGUGAUGCAGAGUCCAGUGUGCAGCCGACUGUUGGUGGCCGUCGUGGUGGCGCUUUUGGUGUUUGCGGGCACAGCCUCCGCCGCCGCAGCAACUUUCCGCAGACCACCUUUCAAUGGCAGCAUCUUCGGCAAGAGAAACUCCGUUGAAUACACUGGCAGUUCAACAGCUGUGUCUGCCGUAUGUGAGAUCGCAGCAGAAGCCUGCGCAGCUUGGCUGAACAACGAAAAGUGAGGAUGCCACACCGGACUGCGUGACUAAUGUUUAGCUAUGUAAUCUGAACUUAUAGUACUUCAAAUAAACUGCUUUCUGCAUAGUGA